GCUUGCAAAGUGUUUGAUGGGCACUAUCUCAUUUGACCCUCAUAACCAACUUCUAGGGCUACUAUUCUCUCCAUUUUUCAGAUGAGAAAAUGGAGCUUCAGAGAGGUAAAAUGAGUCACACAGCCAGGAAGUGUUGGAAAUAGAAUUCAAGCCACGUCUUCCUUAUUCCAAGUCCUGUACUCAGGAAUAAGUCACAUAUGUGAUUUGUAGCCAGUGGCUGGAAGCUUCUAGUUUCUAGAAAAAAAAGAGAAGACAGCUUGGAGGUCCAGCUCACGUGAGCUGCCCACAGUUACUCCAGAUCACAGAAAGGGAGAAUGGUUUGGCCGGUGUGACUCUCCACCCAUCUUCCUUUUCAUCUCUCUCCAGGAAAACAUGGCUGUAAAAUGGACCCACCUUUCAGAGAUGUCUGCUCCCGUGGAGAUCCAGAGCUCUGGGUGCAGCUCGCCACUGCCUUCAGCAGACAGGCCCUGGACUCAAAGCGAGUGGCAGGCCUGGUACCUGGACGUGAGAGCCCAGGUCCUGUCCCUGCGUUGUGGGCUAGAAGCGUUGGAACAGCAGCUACCUCAGCCUCCGGCUGGAUCUUAUACCCCACUUAAGACUGCCAUGGGGAACCCAGCAUCCAGACCCAGCUGUCUGGGGGAGAAGGGCCAUCGCUCAGAGGAGUUUCUGAAGGGCCAAGGGGGCAGCAGUGGGCCAGGACCAGGGCCUGAACCUGGGGCUGGCCUCUGCCACCCCCCAGCCCCACCACCUCCUGCCACCCCCCUCUCGCCAGGGAGCUCAUGGGCCUGGCGGGCCCAUAGCACUCGGGAGGUGACAGAAGUAACAGAGGUCACAGAAACAGUGGUGACAGAAAUUGUGGAAGUUACACGAUACCCAGGGGGCAGGCAGCCCACAGUCACCCGAACAGUGACCAUGCUGAGUGAGAGUGCCGGACCACUUGCCUCGGCACCCCAGUGGGCAGCUCUCCCUCCCACUGAACCUCCUGAGCCCCCUGCUGCCCUCCAGAGCUGGUUGGAUGACAUGGAAGAACUACAGGCAGGUCAGGGCCCCCCAGCAGCUGAAGUCAAGGUAGCCAAUGCCCAGCUGCAGGAGCAAAAGCUCCUGAAAAGGCUUCUAGAGGAGGGCAGGCCCCGCAUGGAGAGGCUCCUACAGGACACUCGGGAACAGCCAGCUGAAGGAGGCCAAGGUGAGGAGAGUGAAACCCUCACAAGGCUCCAGAAACAGUGGGACCAGUUGACAGACAAGGCAGAGGCCAGGUGGAGGCUCCUUGAGCAGUUAGUACCUGCAGCUCGGAGUUUCCAAGCAGACCGUGAUGCCUUUGUGGCCUGGCUGGGUCCUGUUGAGCGGCUCCUGGCUCAGCUUUGGUGGGAAGAGCCUGGGACAGGCCCUCUCCAGAGUGCCCUGCAACAAGUUCAGGGUGUAUGUGAGGAAGUCCGUCAGAAAGCAUCAGACAUGGAGAUUGUUCGAGAGAUGGGUCAGAGGCUCUUGGAGCUGGUGGCAGGGGAAGAGGCCCAGCUGGUACGGGAGCAGCUAGAGGAGCUGCGGGUGAGGCUGCUGCUGGCUGGGCAGAGCGGGGCCCAUAUCAGACUUCGACUGGAGCAGACUCUGGAGGCAGCCACUCGGCUGCAACCAUCUGGAGAGCCACCACCACCUGCAGCCUGGCUGGGGAGGCUGGAGCAGGCAUGGGCGGCAGCGGAGCCUGGAGAGCAGGAGGACAGAGAGCAGUUGUGGAAAGCUAUUGCAGAGGAACUGGGCCGCCUGAGCACACUAGGGCAGCGGGUGGAAGAGCUGAAUGGAGUGACCCUGGAGGCUUCAGCACUCCAGACCCAGCUGGGCCAGCACAAGCUAUUGGCUGCUGAACUUCUGCAGCAACAGGAGCUAAGGACCCGCCUCCUAGGACUCUUGAGCACUGGAAUUCCUAGCCUCUGCCCCUCUGAGGAGAGGGAACAACUGCAGGCGGAACUGGAGCUCCUUCGGAGUCGAUCUCAGGAGGUACAGCAGAGCAGUACUGCCGGGGUGCUGUGUCGGGAGCGAGCCCUCUCCCUGCUAGCCCAGUUUGCAGAGGCCCAGGGUGAACUAGCCCCAUGGCUGGAAGAGGCCCAGGACAUUGUGACUCAUCUUAACCCACAUGCAGCUGCUGGUAGCCCUGAGGCCUGCAGGGAGCAGCAGGAGCUUUUGCAGCAUCUGCGAGAGGCCAUUGCAGAGCACAGACCCCUGGUGGGGAAGCUGCAGCGGGUGUUCCUGCAGUUGAAGGACCUGAACCCGGGUCAGAGUACCCCCUUCCAGGAAGCCUGGCAGGCCGCCGAGGAGGAGCUGGGCGCCCUGAGGGGCCGAGUAGACAGCGUUGCAGCCACUCUGGGGCAGACUGUGCCCCAGUACACUCAGCUUAGCGAAAGACUGGCCCGGCUGGCUGAACAGUUGGAACAGCUGGCCCGGAGAGUGGAGAAUGUGGGGACCGUCCGGGCUGAUGCCCAGCGCAUUCGGGAGCAGCUGCGGGAGCAGAGCCUGCUGCUAAGCGAGCUAGAGCCCGUGGGGGCAGCACUGGACACGGCCCGGACUCGGGCCCAGGAGCUGGGGGCUGGGGUCGCUGGGACUCUGGAUGAAAGCCCUGAGGCUGGGAUAGGGCCUGGAGCAGUGCUUCGGGCUGAGGCCGAUCGCCUGUGGGACCGCUGGUCAGGGAUGCAAGCUGCGGCGCAGGAACGGGCCAGCUGGCUUCGGGUUGUGCUGGCACUGGCUGAGCAGUUCUGGCAAGGCCUCGCUGACCUGGCCACCAGUCUGGCUGACACCCAGCACCUGGUGUUGCACAUGGAGGAUGCAGGACCAGAACCGGAAGGCAUCCGGAGCAGGCUCAGCGCCAUGCAGGCUUUGAGGGAGGAGGUGGAUGGACUACAGAGUGAGCUGGACGCCCUGGGGGCGCUGGGCCUGGAACUUUUAUCUGCCUGUGGGGAUGGGGACCGACCUGAGGUGACACGAAGCAUGGAUGAGCUCUAUGCUUCCUGGCACAGCCUGAGUCGUGUGUGGACUGAGCGUCACCGGCAUCUUGAGGAGCAGCUCCAGGAUGCCCUCAGCUACCAGGAGGCCAUGCAGAGGCUCCUGACUUGGCUGGAAGGGGCUGAGUUACGUCUGGGCCAAGACUUCCGUGUGGGGGGUACCUUGGAGCUGGCAAAGCAACAGCUGGAGGAGCUAAAGGACUUCAAGAGAGACCUCUAUCAGAGCAGAGUAGAGGUAGAGAGUUUGAGGCACCGUCCUGCCCCAGGGGGUCCAGAAGACCCCAGCCCCCCGCCUCUGCUGGGGGACUUUCGGCUUCGCUGGGACCACUUGGAGCAAGAAACUGGGAGUCGUCAGCAACAAUUGGAAGCUGCCCUGCUGGGUCUGGGCCAGCUGCAGCCACAGCUGGAAGAGUUGGUGCAAUGGUUGGGCCACACAGCAGAGCAGCUUCAGGGAGCACCAGCUGUGGUCAGCCUGGAUCUGCCCAGCUGUGAGAUUGAGCUGGCCAAGCUCCAGGUGUUGCAGAAUGAUGUGCUGUCCAGGGCACAGACAGUUCAGUCGGUGAGCGAGGCAGCCCAAGGGUUGCUCCAGGCAGGGCUCGGGGAGGCUGAGGCAGGACUUCGGGCUGCACUUCAAACUCUGGACCAGCGCUGGGAGGCCGUCCAGGGAGAGAGCCAGAGCCGGCAGCUGCAGCUAGAGAAUAGCCGGGCCCAGCUGCAGGAUGUCGAGCUUGGGAUGGCAGAAUUGCUUCAGUGGCUGGAGCAGGUGGACUUGGGACUUGUUCUCAUCAAACCAUCCUGGGGACCCCCAGACCCACCCCAGGAAAGGCUGGCUCGGCACCUGGAGCUGUGCCGGGAGCUGGAACAGAAGCAGCCAGAGUAUGAGGGCCUGAGACAGCGCCUGGGGAGGCUGCUGCCCCCCCCACCAUUGUCGGGGCCUCGGCCUCCACCUCGACCCGUGGGCACGGAACACAGCCUGCGGCUGCUGGAGCAGACCUGGGAGCGUGUGGUGGCUCGGACCCAGGAACGCAAGGUGUGGCUCUCUGAAGGCCUGGCACUCACCACGGAGUUUCACCAGCGACUGCAGGCACUUUUGCGCUGGGGAGCACGAGUCGAGGAGCACCUAGGGUCCUUGCCACCCCCUAGCCUUGUCUUGGACACGGUCCUGGCCCAGCUGCAGGAACACAAGGUGCUGGCCCAGGAGGUGGCAGUGCAAGGGGAGAAACUAGGUGCCCUGGAGGUGGUGGCUGGAAGACUGAGGGGCUUUAGCCCAGAGCAAGACUGUGCCCUCAUCCAGAGCCUGGUGCUGAGUACCCAGGAGCGCCUAGGCCGAGCUAUUCAAAGAAUAGGUGACCGGGGCACUGCCCUGGAGGAGGCUCGACGGAGAGCUAAGCAGUUCACAGAGUCCAGACAGCUACUCCUUGACUGGCUGGAUGAGGUGGAGCCCACACUGAUUCUGCCUGGAGAUGUGGCCCUGAGCCAAGAGGAGAUCAAAGAACAGCUGAGUCAACAUAAGGAAUUCCAGAGAGAGCUUCGGGGCAAGCGGCCUGUGUUUGAGGCAACUCUUCGUGGGGGCAGGGCACUCCGAGAAGGGGCCCUGUUCCCUGAUGAUGCUGCACCCCUUGACUUGCUGCUGGCUGAGCUCCGAGGCCGUUGGGAGGGUAUCUGCAGCCUUGCUCUGGACAGACAGCACGCCCUGGAAGAGGCCCUGCUGUUCUCUGGCCGCUUUGCAGAUGCCCUUCCUGCACUCAUGGAUUGGCUGUACCAGGCUGAGCCUCAGCUGGCCGAGGAGGGGCCUGUGGCAGGGGACCGUGACCUAGUUAACCGUCUCCUGGACCAACACAAGGUGUUCCAGAAGGAGCUGGGCAGAAGAGCAGGCUGUGUCCGCCUCCUUCGGCGCUCCAUCCGGGAGCUGACCCAGGCCAGCAGCAGUGCUGAUUCCCAAUGGCUACAUCGACAAAUGGAGGAACUGGGACAGCGAUGGGAGCUUGUGUGCCACCUUUCUCUGGCUCGCCAGGCAAGGCUUGAGGAAGCCUUGCGCCAGGCUGAGGAGUUCCACAGGUUGAUUCAAGGUUUCCUGGAACAUCUAUCUGAAGCUGAGAAAACUCUCAAACUAGGACCUUUCCCAGAGGAGGAGGGAGCCACUGAGGACUAUCAGAACCAGCUCCAGGAGCUGCUGCAAAGUCUGCAGUGCCAGCAGCUGGAGCUGGACUGUAUCACAUCCCUGGGAGAAGAGAUUCUGAGUAGCUGCCAUCCUGAUGCUGUCAUCCCGGUCCGCUCCUGGCUCAGCAACAUCUCCAGUCGCUUCCAUGAAGUGCUAGGCUGGGCACAGCAACAGGGCCAACGGGUAGCUGACCAGCUUGCCACUAUGGCAACUGAGCGGGAGGAGCUGGCCCGCCUACUGGACUGGAUUGCCUCUGCUGAGGAGGCAUUGAGCCUUCGAGACCAGGAACCCCUGCCUGAGGACAUCCAGUUGCUGGCAGAUCUGUCAAGCCAGCACAUGGAAUUCACUGAAGAACUGAGCAGAAAGCAGCAAGAGGUAGAGGCAGCCAUGAGAAGUUGCAAGAGGAGGCUGGAGCCAUCACCACCAGUACCCCCACAACCUCCACCAAGGAGGAGAGGUACAGGAAAGGCCCCACCAGGCCCCCUGGUACCACUCCUGGAGCUACAGCCUCGGAGCCCCCUGGGAGCCCGACUCCUUCAACGCUGGCAGCAACUAUGGCUCAAGGCCCUGGACAGACAGUACCGGCUACAGGCUGCUACCCAGCACCUGGAGGAGCAAGCAGCCUUUGCCCACUUUGACUUUGGUGGAUGGAGGAAACGCUACUUGCAGUGGAUCAGCCAUAGGAAGUCCCGGCUCCUGGAUGUGUUCCGUGCCAUUGACCGUGACCAGGAUGGACGAAUCACCCACCAGGAGUUCAUCGACAGCGUCCUUGCCUCCAGCUUCCCCACCAGUCUGCUGGAGCUGAGUGCUGUGGCCAGUAUCUUUGAUACCAAUGGAGAUGGAGUCAUUGAUUAUGGAGAAUUUGUCAGUGCUCUGCACCCUAGCAGGGACCCUCGUGGCCGGGGUCCUGAUGCAGAACACAUCCAGGAUGAGGUAAGGCGGCAAGUGUCUCAGUGUCAAUGUGCCCGGCGCUUCCAGGUGGAACAGAUCAGUGCCAACCGCUACCGAUUUGGGGAAUCCCAGCAGCUUCGACUGGUGCGGAUCCUACGAAGCUGCCUCAUGGUCCGUGUUGGAGGUGGCUGGAUUGCACUAGAUGAAUUCCUGGUCAAGAAUGAUCCUUGCAGAGUGAAAAGCCGAACUAACCUGAAGAUUAAUGAGAAGUUCCUGACUCCAGAUGGAACUCCUGACCCCCCUCACAAAACCUUAUCUCGGAGCUGCUCUGCCUCUAAUCUCAGCCUCUCCAGCAGUGCCUCAGCCCCCAACAGUCCCCAAGCCCGAAAGUCAGUUCUUCGGAGAACCAGGUCUGGGGACAGGGCACCCCGCCCCUUCAGCACUACAUUGCUCACUGACAGCAAGCCCAGAACAACUACAGAGGUAUCAGUGAAAAGCAAGCCAAUUGGGGUACCUGUGGGCACAGGGCAGGUGCCAGACUCAGAAAGCACAGAGCAGAUUCAAGAAGACACACAGCAGGCACCAGAGGAGUCAGAACAUAUACCGGAAAAAGCAAAAGAGGAAACAACAGAAGAGACAAAGAAGGCAUCAAAAACAGAGCAGGCACUGGAGAGCAAAGAUUGGGCCACAGAGAAAACAGAAAGGGCAGGUGGGAAAGAGGGAAGGGAGAUAUUGGAAGGCACAGGGCAGGCAUUAGAGAAAAAAACAGAGCAGACACUGGAGGAGACAGCUCAGGUACUAGAAACAGAAUGGGCAACAGAGGGCACAGGACAAGCACUGGAGAAGGAAACACAGCAGACACUGGAAGAGACAGCUCAGGUACUAGAGACAGAGUGGGCACUGAAAGGCACAGGCCAGGUGCUAGUGAAAGAAGCACAGAAUGAAUUAAAGGGGAUUAAGCAAGUCCUAGAGGCAGAGCAGGCACCAGAAUGGAAAGAAAGGACACUGGAGAAGGCAAAGUGGACACUGGAGGGGAUACAACAGGAACCAAAGGCACUGGAGAAGGGAGAGAAUCUACAUGGGAAAGAGGCAGAGCAGGCACUAAAGGAUAUAGAGUGGGCACCAGAAUGGAAGGAGAGGACCCUAGAAGGGACAAAAGAGGGAUCGAAGGAGGAGACAAAGGUGGCUGGGAAAGAAGCAUUAGAACAGUCAUUACAGGAAACAGAGAGGACAAAGCCGGCAGCAGAGGGCACAGAGUGGGCACCAGAAAAGCUAGAAAGCACAGUAGAGGGCAUAGAGAGGGCAUCGGGACACGUAGAGCAAGAACUGGAGGGGAAGGAGCAGCUACCAGAGCAGAGGAAGAAUGAACCAGAGGAGAGAGAGCAGGAGCUGGAGAGCACAGGAAUAAAGCCUAGGCAGAACUGAGCUGUGGACCAAUCAGAAGAUCAAUUGCUGAGGGUUAAGAGCCCAGGGCUUUUAGGGCUGCGUGGGGGUAACCCCCGGAAGAGACUACAUCUAUCACAGCUCCUUCCCUCCCCCCGCCCCCCAGCGCUCAGGGACUGUUGACCUCCUGCUGUGCGUGUGGAGCGGGGCGGGGCACCUGACGGCUUUCACCUAGGAGAAUCUGAUGGGCAUGCCCAGCUCUAAGCAGGCUGGACGGACGUCUGUGUGUCCGCAUGUUUGUGUACUCCCUGCUGGCAGCAGAGGUCCUGCCCUCAGUGGCUUAGGUCUCCCGCUACCCUCACACCUCAGCAAUAAAGUUUUAUAUAAACGCUAA